ACUGUUGUGUCCCAGAACAGAUGGGGGGGGGCGUGUGUGUUUUGCGUUUGAAAAAAAAGGGAAACUCCGAUGAAACAGUCUGUCACAGCCCCCGUUUCUUGUCCUUUUUCCCCUUUCUGCCUAUGGUUCACCGGGCAGUUCGCUAUGACUAUACGUAUGUUGGAGCUGGAGAUGGAUUGCUCUGCUUCCACUUGAACAAGUCCAUCAAUCGCUUGAGAGGCAUAUCAAGUCAGGAUGAAGGUGUUGUUGUGGAUAUCGUUGCAACGGACAGCAACGAAAGGUUUGCGGGCCCUGAUGCGAAGAAUCCGUGCCAUGUGGAAGAUGCAGAACAAGCCAUCGUUUCUCGAUGCCCUGAUAUUGUGAUUUGCUCUUGGCAGCCAAUGGGUGUGGAUUGGACUGCGAGGAUGCGACAGACACCUUCUGUUCGGGAAUAUAUACUGAUUGGAGAAAUGGAUGACGGCAUCUGCGGGCAUUCGUGGCUAACAUGGGGGUACGGUGGGUUCGACUCCAGCGCUGAUGAUACCAGCAGUGAGGAGGCAGGCAUGGACACAGAAGGCAAUAAGGAGAAGAGAAGGGAGGAGGAGGGCAAUUCAGGGAGAGAGAGUUCUACAGACCAAGGUGACAAAGGCAAAGCCUCAGCUUGGGCCAACGUCGACUGGAAGGGCAGCUACGGAAAGGAGCGGAAGGAGGAGGAAAGCAGAGACGAGCGAGCGAACAUCAACGAUGCAGCGAAUUCCUUAGCAGAAGAGUGCACUGCCAACUUGAAGACAAGUGAGGCAGAUGAGCUGGAAAUGCUGGCAGGUUGGUUUGAGACACAGGAGGGCUUUCGUUAUGAAGGCGCUGACCGUUCAAAACGCCCUUCGGCUGAGGAACUGGGAGAGAAGAGGCAAUACGAGAACAUGGCGGAGUCAUACAACAACGAUGCUAGAGCAGAUGUGGAAACAGGGCACGACAGUUUUGUUAUGCCCAUGAAAAAGCUGUGCAAAAGAGACCACGGGCCUGGUUCCACAGAUGGAGGGGUUCCUCCAGCUGUGAACUCGCGCUCGCGAGACCUUGAAGGACAGCGUCUUGCACGUCUGGAAACUGCAGAGGGAAAUCCAAAAGGUUUGGAAGCUGCACCAGGAGGUUUGGAAGGUGUUCCAGAUGGUUCAGAAAGUGCAGCAGGAGAUCCAGGAGAUUCAGAAUGUGGACCAGAAGAUGCAGAAGGUGCAGAAGGCGCUGCAGAAUGUCCAGGUGGUGAAGAAGCUGUUCAAGGAGGUGUUAGAGGGGGUGUUAGAGGGGGUGGAAGAGAUGGAGGAGUUGAAGGAGGACGGUUAAUCGAAUCUGUUUUUCAUUUCCGCAGCAGUUCUAGCAAGGCGAAAAGUCAAGCGAGCACUCGUCGGCUUGGAGAGGACAGUCGUAAGGGAACGCCGGCUCAGAAACGCACAACUUCCAACGACUCUGCAUUAGAUGACGAACUGUAUGGUCAAGAGCGCACGAUAAGGCAGUCGCGAAACUCAACUUCUUUUUCUAGCAUCAUCCGAGAUGCUCCCGCUCAUAAGAGGGUGGUGGUGGCUGCAACCGCGGUGCAUCCUGAAAUAGGAGAGAGGGUCAAACCACAGUCAGCUUCCAUCAUGUCUCCUCCAGGGUUGGUGCAAUCUCCGAAAUCCCAACGGUUCCGUCCCUCCAGCCAUCUUGAUCCCGAUCGUUCAAGCUCAGGCCGAAGUGCGAACACCUCCUCAUUUGGAACAGAGUUGCAGGGGAUAGGGAGGUUGGCAGGCGAGAGCUCGAAGGUUGGGACGUUGGCAGCAAAGAGCUCGACGUUUGGGAGGUUUGCAGUAGAGAGCCCGGAGGUACAAAAGAAUUCAGCGUUGAAAGAUGAAUUGGCUUGCUGUCUCGACGAUGGACUGGUCGGGGGAUCAAGUCCUGCUAGGACAUUAUUGGAAAGGAGGAGAAAGACGAAGGUGCGGGAGGCUGCACCUUACAUAAGAGACGGGUGGGAACGUGUUGAGCUGCUGCACAUUGGCAGGACACAGAUUUGCAGAACGGAUGAAAGAUGGUCAUGUCGCAGGCAUUCCCACACUGUAAGCUUUCGCAGACCGAUGAAGUACACCCCCAACCCAUAGGUUCUACUUACCUGUCAUCGGGGGUUUUUAAGUCCUGUCAAAUAAAUGAAGGAACGCUAG